CCUAAAGUUUGCAUCUUUACUUGGUUUGUGUCCGGAAUCAAUUUCCUCUUACAGGUAACUUUUAUUGGUCGGGUAGCUCAAUCGGUGGUUCCUGAGGUCUUCCCUUUCUCUGAUAAUCUCAAGGUUGACACUUGGUUGCCAUUCGUUAACUUAAUCUGUUUGUCUACUACCACCAAUAACUAUGUUUUUCGACGGAUACCAUUAUCAUGGAACAACCUUUGAGCAGAGUUAUCGGUGUUAUCCGGCAUCUUUUAUCGACAAGCCACAAAUUGAAAGUGGUGAUAAGAUUAUAAUGCCACCAUCAGCCCUUGAUCGUCUAGCCUCUUUACAUAUUGACUAUCCGAUGCUGUUUGAGGUUCGUAAUGCUGGAAUUGAACGUGUUACGCACUGUGGAGUCCUUGAGUUCAUUGCAGAAGAAGGCAUGAUUUACAUGCCAUAUUGGAUGAUGCAAAAUCUGCUGCUGCAAGAAGGAGACAUUGUGAGAGUUAGAAAUGUCACUCUUCCAAAGGGAACUUACGUUAAAUUACAACCCCACACAACAGACUUCCUGGAUAUAUCCAACCCGAAAGCCAUCUUGGAGACUGCUUUGAGAAAUUAUUCAUGCCUAACCACUGGGGAUAGCAUUAUGGUUCCAUACAACAAUAAGAAGUACUUCAUAGAUAUAGUUGAAACAAAGCCUGCUAACGCAAUCAGCAUCAUAGAAACAGACUGUGAGGUUGAUUUCGCACCUCCCCUUGAUUACAAGGAGCCUGAACGUCCCACAGCACCUGCUGCAGCUAAGGGUCCGGCUAAAGCUGAGGAGGUUGUGACUGAACCUGAACCAAAGUUCAACCCUUUCACGGGAUCUGGAAGACGGUUAGAUGGGAGGCCUCUUGCCUAUGAGCCGGCGCCAGCCUCUAGCUCAAAAGACAAACAGCCUGUUGUCGCUAAUGGUAAUGGACAGUCAUCUGUAGCAAGUAGCUCAGAGAAAGCUACGCGAGCUCAGGGAAAGCUUGUAUUUGGGGCCAACGCAAACCGUGCUCCAAAAGAAGCUGCUCCUAAAGUUGGAGCUGCAAAGGAGACAAAGCAAGAGGAACAGGAGAAGAAAGACGAGCCCAAGUUUCAAGCUUUCUCUGGGAAGAAGUAUUCAUUGAGGGGUUGAUCAACUCAGACAAUCGGUCUGCUCAGUCUAUUUAUGAUCCUCUCAUGUUGUGUACUAUAUAAAGACUAAGAAAACAAAUAAGUGAAUAAAUCUCUGGCUUGUCU